CAGCCCACACCGUCCUUGGUAUUUUGAGUCUCAUCUCAGACAGCCCUCUUGGUAUCUUUCCUCAGUAUAUCUCUCCCUUGCCUGCGCGGGUGCGAGACGGAGACAUGCUGGACUUCCUGAGCCAGAUAUAGGAUUCGGAGACAUCGAGAACCUUGCGCGCUCUUGCGCCGACCCUACCUCCCAAACCGUAUCGACUGCAGAGCUAUUAAACUCCAGGGAACAGUCGCAUUCUAAACGACAACGCAUCAUCAGCCAUGGAUCUCGCAAACACUCUGAUUCGAACCGUGGCCCGGGCCUUUUACGAAACCCGCCACAUCCUCGUGGUCGAUGCGCUCUUCAUCCAUUCCGUACUGCACGCAGAGGACCUCGCCUUCCUCCUCGGAAUGCAACAGAAAGAUCUGCGAAAACUAUGCGCCAAAUUGCGCGAGGAUCGCCUGAUAUCAGUAAGCACCAGGGCUGAGAUUCGAGAUGGCUCUACCCGGCCCGUCAAUCGCGAAUACUACUAUAUCCCCCUGCAUCCGGUCAUCGACGCGAUCAAGUACAAAGUCUCCAGGCUGACCUCGACAAUCAAAGCGCAAUACACUCCUAGCGAGGAAAGAAAGGAGUAUAUCUGCCUACGAUGCGGAGCUGAGUGGACAGAGCUGGAUGUCCUCAGUCUCUACUCCGAUGAAGGAUUCGAGUGCCAAAACUGCGGCGCGAUUCUCGAGCGCACAGAGGACGUCAAGGGUAGCGAGGGGAUCGACCGCACGGGACACGAAAAGAAUAGCAAACUCAUGGCACAGCUAGACACGAUGCUAAAGCUUCUGAAGCAGAUCGACUCCGUCGAGGUCCCUCCCAACGAUUUCGAUACCGCCUGGGACCAUAAAAUCGACGUCAUCCGAAACCAGCAUACCAACCCCACCAGAGCAGCCAUCGUUGUCCCAUCCAAGAAGCAAGAAGCCGUCCGUGGCAAUCUGAAGACCGACGCCGGCGCACUGGAGAUCUCCCUAACAUCCAGCGCAGAGAAGAGCGCCGCGGAGCAAGCCGAAGAAGCUGCACGCAAAGCUGCUCUAGAGAAACAAAACGCCCUUCCUGUCUGGCACACACACUCUACCGUCUCCACAACAGCCGGUGGUCUCAAUAUCGUCAAGGCCGAGUCAAACAUCAAUGUGAAACCGGAAAUCAAAGACGAAGACCAGAAACCCAACCUGGACGCCCUCGACGACAAAGUCGCCGCCUACUACGCCGAAAUGGAGCGCGAAAAGGCCCUCCAGGCCCAGGAAGACGCAAGCAGUGCGGACGAAGACUCGGACGAAUUCGAUGAGGAAUUCGAAGACGUCGGUGCUGUUUCUGCGAGCGAUACCGCUUCCCCAACUCUCGGCGCCGGGCCAACUAGUGCCCCUACUAGCGUUCCUACGGGGAUCAAGCGCGAAUUUGACACGGAUUCUGGCAGUAGUGCUCCCCAGACGGCUGUAGGGACGCCGUCAACGGCUGCUGAUGACGGACCGGCCAUGAAGAGGAUCAAGACCGAGCCUGAGGUGAAGAAGGAAGAAUCCGACGAGGACGAUGAGGAGUUUGAAGAUGUUUAAUCUGAUUUAUAUACUUGAAUAAUGGCGCUGGCGUCGAUUAACAACUUGGUUUUCUCAAGGGGAAGCAUAGAUGGUUGCCAUGGUUUUUGCGUUCUUUCCCUCUCUCUCUCUCUCUCUCUCUCUCCCUUUCGAACCAGAUAUGCAUGCCCUUUUUUUUUGAAUGCGAAAAUAGAUGAUGGACCAGCUGGCUCGUCGGAGAAACCCCCCCCCCUAACAUGACGUUUCUAUUUCCUCUUCCCUUUUUAGGGAGAUUCGUUACCUCUUUGUAUGUACUAUGAUCAUUUUCUUGAAGGAAAACAAAACAAGACACGUUACGUUGUAUGAUAUUUGAAAAUGCGCUAGUCUUGUAAUUGAA